AUGGGUUUUUCUCUCUACCUCCUGACUCUGCUUCUUCUCCUUUCCCGCUGCACAGCUAACUGGUGUUAUCAAAACCAGAACGCCUGUGAUGACACGUGCAGAGACCCCAACCAGUGGGCUACUCAGUUUCCUAAAUGUGGAGGGUUACGUCAGUCACCAAUUAACAUUGUGACCAGCAAAGUGCACGUCAACGUCGCCCUGCCACCCUUCGACUUCAUUGGCCACACCAACACAAUCAACAUCACAGUGGAAAACAAAGGACACUCUGCCCACUUUGCCCUGCCGCCGUCUGUUAGACUGAGUGAAGGAGGUCUGCCGGGCCACUACAGAGCCGCCCAGUUUCACUUCCACUGGGGAGGGAAUGGGAGACCCGGAUCAGAGCACACCAUUGAUGGAGAGAGAUUCCCCAUGGAGAUGCACAUAGUCCACAUUAAGGAGCCGUACAGCUCUCUGGCAGAGGCCGAACAUGACACAGCAGGUAUAGCUCUGCUAGCCUUCCUGUUUGAGGAAACAACGGAUGAUCAUCCUCAUUUGGAUGCAGUAAUAGAUGCACUGGGCCGAGUACAAAACAAUGGCAGCAUCACAGUGAUCCCAAACUUUCGGCUCAGUGAUCUUAUCCCAGCUGCAAAGGACCUACAGAGUUACUAUCGCUAUGUGGGCUCCAUGACAACUCCAGGAUGCGAGCAGGCGGUCGCCUGGACAGUGUUUCACAGGAAGCUGGCCAUCAGUAGUCGCCAGCUGGAUGCAGUCGUUAAGCAGUGUCGCUUUUGGACAGGACAGCCUAUGACAGACAUCUUCCGACCUACACAGCCGCUGGAUGGCAGAACUGUGUACUCCUCUAAGUCGGGUACAGCUCAGAGUAGAGCAACACACUUUUGGUUUUUGGUUUUUUCAGUUGUGACUGUUACAGUGGAUCUGGCACACUGA